AUGGUGAAUAUUGCCAACACUAUAGAGGCGAAUGCUGUUGCGACUCUGAAAGCUGUGCAGAGGCUAGGUCAACUGGCCGGGAACGACAUUAGAAACAGGAACGGCAACGGAAAUGCGAACGAUGAAGGGAAUGCUCAUGCUAACGCUAAACGAAAUGAAGAUAACAUGGGAGCCUUUUACAAGAAGUACUUCCCUGAGUCUGCAAGGAAAGUGAAGGAGAUGGAGCUAAUGCAGCUGAAGCAAGGUUCCAUGUCUGUGGCAGAAUACACCAACAAGUUUGAAGAGCUUUGUAGGUUUUCUCGGGUGUGUCAGGGUGACCUAGAGACUUACGAGAGCUGGAGGUGUAUUAAGUACCAGAGUGGUUUAAAGGAUAGCAUUAUGACUGUUGUGGCUCCUAUGGAGAUCUGUGUCUUCUCCGACUUGGUGAACAAAGCAAGGGUGGUGGAAGAAUAUGCUAAGACAGUGGCUACGUUCAAGGACACUCAUGGAGGAGGUAGUAGCAAAGGGCGUGGCAAGUAUCACCAUCUGAGGAGUCAAAGCUUCAAGAGAGGAGGAUAUGCCCACCAAGGUCAUGGAGGUUUCAGGAAGAACACUCAUGAUCAGUUUCAGCGUGGUAAGGGAAGAGGAAGUCAGAGUGGGUGCUUCAACUGUGGACUGCCUGGUCAUAUUGCAAAGGAUUGCACUCGUGGGAAGAACCUGAAUACGGUUAAGGAACUAGGCUUAAAAGUGUCAGAGUUACCUUUUGAUCUGCAUGUACAUACUCCACAUCAGACAGUUAUGACUAGGUCAGGUUGUAGACAAGUAGGUUUCAAGCUUGAGCGUAGAGAUUUUGUACAUGAUUUGAUCUGUUUACCUAUGGUUGGGUUGGAGAUGAUUUUGGGUGGGGAAGAGUGUCAGGGUUACAUCUUGUUAACUGCUAAUGCUUCGGGUGAUACCCAAGGCUUAGAUCAGAUCCCGGUAGUUAGGGAUUUUUCGAAGGUAUUUCCGGAGGAUAUUCCUGAGUUCCCUCCUCAAAGAGAGAUUGAGUUUGCGAUUGAAUUGGUGCCGAGAGCCGGACUAAUGUCGGUUGCACCGUAUAGAAUGGCUCCGAAAGAGCUGGCCGAGUUAAAGGUUCAGUUGGAAGAGCUUCUGAACAACAGGUUCAUUCGACCGAGUGUAUCACCGUAG